UCUCAAAGAGCUGCUUGAUAAAGAAGUGUUUUCCUGUUGUCGCUUAUCAGGAUCUGCUGGUUGGCUGAAGAGACGCAGGUUAAAACGAGGCACACGGAGGAAAAAACAGUCAGCUCCUAUGUUGGUUAUAAAAGAUGAAAGAUCAUGAUUUGGGAAAGGACUACCUGGUGCCAGGCCCUGUGUACCGGACAGUGCCAAGCAGAGAUACUUUACCAGGCACAGAGGUCAAUUCAUACCAGCAUGCCAAGGUCCAGGAUGCUCUGGAGACGGCGGCAAGGGCAGAGGGCGGUCUGCCUUUGGAGGAAAGCAGUGGGCCUCACAUGAAGGAAGAGGAGGAGGAGGAGGAUGGGAUACGGAGCAAAUAUCACCACAGCGUCAGUGUUCUCAAGCCCAUCCGCUCCACCAGCAAACAUCAGCACCCAGUGGACAAUGCCGGCCUUUUCUCUUUCAUGACCUUCAGCUGGCUGACCCCCCUGGCCAUGCGGGCCCACAGGAAGGGUCAGCUCCUGCUGGAGGAUAUUUGGGCUGUCUCUCAGUGGGAGAGCUGCGAGACCAACCGCCGCAGGUUGGCUGGGCUGUGGGACGAGGAGCGCAGGCUGAAAGAGGACCAGGCCUCUCUGUGCAGCGUGGUCUGGGCUUUCUGCCGCACCCGCCUGCUUCUCUCCAUCCUCUGCCUCAUGGUCACACAGCUGGCUGGCUUCAGCGGCCCAGCCUUUGUAGUGAAGCGUCUGUUGGAGUACACCCAGCAGGCCGAGACCAACCUGCCCUAUGGCCUGGUGUUGGUGCUGGGGUUGCUGGCCACCGAGCUGGUUCGUUCCUGGUCCCUGGCACUCACCUGGGCCCUCAACUACAGGACCGGGACCCGUCUGCGUGGCGCCAUCCUCACCAUGGCCUUCCACAAGAUCCUGCGGCUGCGCAACAUCCGGGACAAAUCCAUGGGGCAGUUGAUCAACAUGUGCUCCAAUGACGGGCAGAGGAUGUUCGAGGCGGCAGCAGUGGGCAGUCUGCUGGCAGGCGGGCCCCUCAUAGCUGUGCUGGGGAUGGGGUUCAAUCUGGCCAUACUGGGGCCUACCUCUCUACUGGGCUCUGCAGUCUUCAUUCUCUUCUAUCCUGCUAUGAUGUUUAGCUCCAGACUGACUGCCUACUUCAGAAGAAAAGGUGUGGCCGUGACAGACAGGCGUGUCCAGAAGAUGAACGAGAUCCUCAACUACAUCAAGUUCAUCAAGAUGUAUGCGUGGGUUAAGGCCUUCUCCCAGGAUGUUCGCAGAAUCCGAGAGGAGGAGCGCCGUAUCCUGGAGAGGACGGGAUACUUCCAGAGCAUUACUGUGGGCGUGGCUCCCAUCGUGGUGGUCAUCGCCAGUGUGGCCACUUUCUCCACCCACAUGCUGUUGGGCUAUGACCUCACAGCUGCUCAGGCCUUCACUGUUGUGACUGUCUUCAAUGCAAUGACCUUUGCCCUGAAGGUCACACCCUUCUCAGUCAAGUCCCUGUCUGAAGCAUCAGUGGCCAUGGAGAGGUUCAAAAGCCUGUUCCUGAUGGCGGAGGUGGAGAUGAUCCGGGCAAAGCCCCACAAUCCCCAGGCUGCCGUGGAGAUGACCGGGGCUAGUCUGGCCUGGGACACAGCCGGACACAGCGCUCAGCCCACUCCCCGUGGCACCCCCUCUGUUGGCCUGGCCCAGAGGCGCGGGAGGCGCAAAAGGCCCCAGGAUGAGAAGCUGGAGGACGAGCAAGAGGAGCAGCACGGAAACCUGCUAAAGAACGGGGAGGUCGAAAAUGAGAUUCCCUCCAGCCCAGAGCACAGCCUCCCUCCGAUCCCCACCAUCAGCCAGCGACUGCAGAGAACACUGCACUGUAUCGAUCUCACUGUGCAGCAGGGGAAGCUGGUUGGUAUUUGUGGAAGUGUGGGCAGUGGGAAGACGUCUCUGAUAUCUGCCAUCCUAGGACAGAUGACCCUGCUGGAGGGCAGUGUGGCAGUGGACGGUGACUUUGCCUACGCUGCCCAGCAGGCCUGGAUCUUCAAUGCCUCUCUGAGGGACAACAUCCUGUUUGGGAAAGACUAUGAGGAGGAGAGAUAUCAGGCGGUGCUGAGUGCGUGUUGUCUGAGACCUGACCUUGCCAUCCUCCCCAACGCUGAUCUGACAGAGAUUGGCGAGCGGGGUGCCAACCUCAGUGGCGGUCAGCGUCAGCGGAUCAGCCUGGCUAGAGCCCUGUACAGUGACCGGUCCAUCUACAUUCUGGAUGACCCUUUGAGCGCACUGGAUGCUCAUGUGGGAAACCACAUCUUCAACAACGCCAUCAAGAAGCAGCUGCGCCAAAAAACAAUCAUGUUUGUCACUCACCAGCUACAGUACCUUGUGGACUGUGAUGAUGUCAUCUUCAUGCGGGAGGGAAGCAUCACGGAGCAGGGCAGCCAUGAGGAUCUGAUGCGCCUGAAUGGAGAAUACGCUGCCAUGUUCAAUAAUCUGCAGCUAGGAGAGACGCCCUUCAUAGAGGUGCCCAACAAGAAGUCUGGAAACUCUUUAAAGAAACCCCCAGAGAGCACCAAGUCUGGAUCCAUCAAGAAGGACAAACCUGUUAGCAAAGAUGGUCAGCUGAUGCAGCUGGAGGAGUGUGGGCGGGGCUCUGUCCCCUGGUCGGUGUACGGCGUCUACAUCAAAGCCUCCGGUGGGGCCCUGGCCUUCCUGCUCAUCCUGGCGCUCUUUGUGCUCAACGUGGGCAGCAUGGCCUUCAGCAACUGGUGGCUGAGCUACUGGAUCAAGCAGGGCAGCGGGAACACUACUGUGAUGGUGGGGAACAGCUCCGUUUUGAGUGUCAGCAUGAGGGACAACCCCCUGAUGCAGCACUAUGCCGGCGUCUACGCCAUGUCUAUGGGGGUCAUGCUCCUGCUUAAAUUUCUAAGAGGCAUCAUCUUUGUCAAGGGCACUUUGCGGGCAUCUUCCAAACUACACGAGGAGCUUUUCCGCAAGAUCCUCCGCAGCCCUAUGAAAUUCUUUGACACCACGCCUACCGGUCGCAUUCUCAACCGCUUCUCCAAAGACAUGGAUGAAGUGGACACGCGUCUGCCCUUCCAGGCGGAGAUGUUAAUCCAGAAUGUGAUCCUGGUGUUCUUCUGCAUGGGCGUGAUAGGCAGCGUGUUCCCCUGGUUCCUGGUGGCUGUGGGCCCGUUAGUGUUACUCUUCACCGUGCUCCACAUGGUGUCCAGGGUCUUCAUCCGGGAGCUCAAGCGCCUGGACAAUGUCACCCUGUCCCCCUUCGUCUCCCACAUCACUUCCAGCAUCCAGGGCCUCACCACCAUCCACGCCUACAACAAGGGUCAUGAGUUCCUGGACAGGUACCAGGAGUUGCUGGACCAGAACCAAGCUCCAUUCUACCUGUUCAGCUGUGCCAUGCGCUGGCUGGCGGUGCGUUUGGACGUCAUCAGCGUGGCUCUGAUCAGCAUCACGGCACUCAUGAUUGUCCUCAUGCACGGGCAGAUCCCCCCUGCCUAUUCUGGCCUGGCCAUCUCCUAUGCUGUUCAGCUCACAGGACUGUUCCAGUUCACAGUAAGACUGGCCUCUGAGACUGAGGCUCGAUUUACUUCUGUGGAGAGAAUUCACCACUAUAUUGAGUCCCUCGCUCUGGAAGCCCCGGCCCGCAUCAAGAACAAGGCCCCCCCUCCAGACUGGCCCCAGGAAGGAGAAGUGGUGUUCGACAGGACAGACUUGAGGUAUAGAGACAACCUGCCGCUUGUUUUGAAGAAAAUCUCCUGUACCAUUCGGCCCAAGGAAAAGGUUGGGAUCGUGGGUCGAACCGGUUCAGGGAAGUCUUCUCUGGGCGUAGCACUCUUCCGCCUGGUGGAGCCUUGCGGCGGCACCAUUAAAAUAGACGGCAUCAACAUCUGUGACAUUGGUUUGGCUGACCUUCGCAGCAAGCUGUCAAUCAUUCCACAGGAGCCAGUGUUGUUCAGUGGUACAGUCAGGUCCAACCUGGAUCCCUUUACUCAGUACUGUGAGGAGUCCGUCUGGGACGCUCUGGAGAGAACUCACAUGAAAGAGUGUGUAUCUCAAUUGCCCCUGAAGUUAGAGUCCGAGGUGGUAGAGAACGGAGAGAACUUCUCAGUUGGAGAGAGGCAGCUACUGUGUGUGGCCAGAGCUCUACUGAGGCAAUGCAAGGUCCUGAUACUGGAUGAAGCAACGGCCGCCAUGGACAGUGAGACAGAUUCGCUGAUCCAGGAGACAAUCCGCAAUGCCUUUCAGGACUGCACCACCCUGACCAUUGCCCACCGGCUGCACACUGUACUUAACUGUGACCGCAUCAUGGUGCUUAACCAGGGACAGUUGGUAGAGUUUGAUGAGCCGUCCAACCUGCUGGCCAACGAAAACUCAAGAUUCUGUGCCAUGCUGGCUGCUGUGGAAAACAAGAUUUCUGUAAGAGGAUGAACAGCACUGGAAGUAUGUUCAACGGGGGAAGGACCCCCCAGCAGGAUCCCAGUCAUCCUCUGAGAUCUUGCACUCUUCUUCUGCAUACCCACAGCUUACUGCUCAGCCUGUUCAUGGUUUUUUUUACAUCAAGCUACAAUGUGGGUGGGCACUUUGCACCAGGCAAACGCAGCCCUGAGGAUAUGCCUGCUCAGAAAUGAAGGUCAGCCGGAAUGGUCAAGGAACCACUCACACUGUACUGUAAUGUCUUGAGUAAUAUAUAAGAAAAAAAGCUUUACAUGUAGCUAUAUUCAUAGCAUAACUGGUCUGUUUUAUAGGAUAUAUCUAUAUACAUAUAUAUUUACAGUGGUAAAAUAUGCAGAGUUUAUUUUUUACCGACUCUGUAUGUACAACGUAGUUGUAUGAAACGUAUUAUGUAUAAUUAAUCAUUGAUGUGCGUUACCAUCAUUGCAGUCUAACUUACUGUUGCUUUUUUGCGACAUAAAACAUCUGUAAUCCUUUUGUCUUGUUGUGACUUGAACCCAUGAGCCCUUAAAAACCCUGGACUCUGGCACCGACAGUGACACUGCAAGCUACAGAGGGCCAGAACGGACUCUAUAGGAGGAAAACGUUGCUGCUUGUUCUCAGUGUUUCCACUGGGCAUUCAAAGGGCACAGUUUCAUCUCUGAUUUAAAGGCCUUGUUUGUUUUUUUCCCCUUUGACUCUGUUACUUACUGUUGUCAUUUUCAGAUGUUAUUUUUUUUAUAUCUAUAUAUAAUGUUGUUUGCUGUUCAAAAGUUUGUUGUUGAUGUGUCACAGCCCCUUUGCACUGAUGGUGGAGCUGCAGGGCUCACUGGCACUCUCUGCUGGUGGAGAGGGGUCCUGAGACUGUUCUGAGCUGUGUUUUCACAUUGCAGAAAAGAUGCCUAGUUAGCACACGGUCUCUAUGGUUUAAAAAAAGCUUGCAUUCUCUUUAACCUGACUCAGUCAACAUGUUUUUGGUGUGCAUAUAGGUGUUUGUUGGUCCACUCGAUAAAGAUGGACCAGAGCAACACUGAUUUACUCCUGCACUGCGUGCAGGUAAACUGCCUGUUGUGCAGUAUUGAGUUGAUGUUCAAAUUGGUACUGUAAUUCCAAUUAACCUCUAAACAAGCCUUGCAGAAUGUGAGUCUGUCUUUCUCUGUCAUUUUUAUUACUUUUUAUAGCCUUAGCAUGACUUCAUAAUUGCCUUGUUAGCAGGGUAGAGUGUGAGGGUAAAGGAGGGAGAUUGCUUUGAAAUGUCAAUAAAACUAU